AUGCCGAACAAGUCGCAGGAGGGUUGGUGCAGUCAAGGAUGGACAAUGAGGAGAGCGACGAAGGCAGAUGUUGUCACCGUUCGACCUCCACUUCGCCAGACCUCCACCAGACUUAAGAGCAACGCUUAUCACACCGUGACGUGUACUUCACCGCACCUGCUCAAGAUUAUGACGCCCAGAGCCGGUGGAGGGGUGGAGGUCGUUCCAAAAGUUGAGCUGUGUGCUCACGUCGAUGCAGUUCAGCACCGUUAUUCAACCCUAGAGACUAUGUUCAAGUUCGACUUUGACGUGGAGGCCGAGGAGCCGCAGGCGUCCGGAUCGACCGUCCCCGCCCCUCUGCAGCGCGGCGAGGUCAAGCCCAGCCACGACAUCAGCCUUAAGGACCUCAUCGCCACUCUCCCUGCCGACAUUUCUUACACUCCCCUCACGCACCCGGUGUCAAGCUACGACACUCCCCUGCUCAAGCGUGACUUGUACGAUGCGCGUUUCCAACUCGCGCAGGAUGACAACGCUAAGGGCGAGGAGGCGCAAUAUGUCGAUGCGGAAACGGACCUGAUUCCGGGCGAGUACGAGGGCGGCCUGAAGUCGUGGGAGGGUGGACUGGAUCUCGUCGAGGUCAUGCACCGUGCUCUCGGUACUGAGUCUGCGCUCGGCGAGUGGUGCACCGGUGCGCGCGUGCUCGAGGUCGGCUGCGGAACGGGACUGCCGUCGGCCUAUCUGCUGCGGAGCAUCCUCGCCUCGCAAGCAGAGGGAAGCAAGGGGAAGGGCAAGGAGGGCGAGACUGAGAAGAAGGAGGAGAGGCGGAAAACGGUCCUGCAUCUGCAGGACUACAACCUCCCCGUCCUUUCUCUCGUCACCCUCCCCAACCUCAUCCUCGCCACGCUGCCCUUCCUCCCCGACUCUGCGCGGGGGUGCGCCAAGGCCCAGAUCGUCGGCGACGAGGAGGACAUCCCCUUCUCCCCCAAGCUGCCGGGUACGCUGGAGCUGAGCCCGGCGGUCCUCGACGCCUUCCAGAGCGCGCUCGAGGACGCCGGCGUCGAGCUCCGCUUCACGCACGGAGACUGGAGCGGCAUGGCCGCCGAGGUCGCCAAGGAUUCGCCGUAUAACCUCAUCCUGACUGCCGAGACGAUCUACGCUGAGGGCUCUGUCGGCGCCCUCCUCGACCUGCUCAAGGCUGCUGCGCGGGAUGGCGAUGUCAAGGUCGUGAAGGAGAUUAAGGCGACGAACGACGAGUCGGUCGAGCAGGCUCUCGACGGUCUCGCGCUCGACGACUGGGCCAAGAAGCCUCUCCGCGAGCAGAGCGUGAUCCUGCUUGCUGCGAAGGUCCUUUACUUCGGUGUCGGUGGCGGCCUCGAGUCCUUCCUCGGCCAGGUCCGCGCCGCUGGCGGCUGGUCCUCCCGUGUCCGCGACUGGGUCAAGGGCGUCGGCCGCUCUGUCGUGCGCAUCGGUUUCUAA